CUGUCCCCUAGCUCCUCCCUCUCUGUACCGUGUGACAACAACAACUCAUCCACAGAGCGGAGCUGCACUUUUCAGCUCAUUUUCCUCCUGUCAUUCCUCCUCCUAUCUUUGAUCAUUGUCCCGCCGCUCACAGCCCCCCCUAAACCCUCACUCAACACGCCUUUUUCAGCAUCUCUUUUUACUUCCCAACUUAUCUGAGGAGCUAAACUCCCGUGGAUUCUUUCAUUAAGGGGUUUCUCGGCAGGCUGGGUUUUAUACUUUGAACUUCGGCUACUCUCUUCCCCCUCCUGUAGGUGACCAUGGCCGUACCGGCUGCUCUGAUCCCACCAACUCCUCUGGUCCCACCGCCUCCGAUCUCGACUCCUUCCGCGACGACGUCCCCUCCGUCGGCAACUUCAUCUCCAUCUCCAUCCCUGGCACCCCCACCCGGACCCGGACAGAACCUGUUCCGAUCGGAGCUUCUCGGCACCAGCAGCCCGGGCAUCCCGACCCCGACCGGGGCUCUUCCCCCCAGCAAACCCGUGUACUCGACCCCGUCGCCUGUUGAAAACACCCCGCAGAACAACGAGUGCAAGAUGGUCGAGUUGCGCGGUGCCAAAGUGGCGUCUUUCACCGUGGACGGCUGCGAACUCAUCUGCCUUCCUCAGGCUUUCGACCUGUUCCUGAAGCACCUGGUCGGCGGACUGCACACGGUCUACACCAAGCUGAAGCGGCUGGAGAUCACGCCGGUGGUGUGCAAUGUGGAGCAGGUCCGCAUCCUCAGAGGGCUCGGCGCCAUCCAGCCCGGGGUGAACCGCUGUAAACUCAUCUCCAGAAAAGACUUCGAGACGCUCUACAACGAUUGCACCAAUGCGAGCUCCAGACCGGGCAGGCCUCCGAAGAGGACCCAGAGCGUGACAUCACCAGAGAACCCCCACAUCAUGCCUCACUCAGUCCCUGGUCUCAUGUCCCCCGGCAUGAUCCCACCCACAGGCCUGACAGCAGCGGCGGCAGCAGCUGCCAACGCCGCCAUCGCCGAGGCCAUGAAGGUCAAGAAGAUCAAGCUGGAGGUGAUGAGCAGCUACCACGGCAACGCCAACCAGCAUGGGGCCGACGGAGAGAAUGGAGACCUCAGCUCCAGCGUCGGCCUGGAACUCCCCUUCAUGAUGAUGCCCCACCCCCUGAUCCCAGUCAGCCUGCCCCCUGCCUCUGUCACAAUGGCGAUGAGCCAGAUGAACCAUCUCAGCACCAUUGCAAACAUGGCCGCCGCAGCACAGGGCCAGAGUCUGCCCUCCAGAAUGGUCACCUCUGUUAUAAAGGGGUUGCAGGAACGUGUCCCGGACAGUCCCUCCCCUGCUCCUUCCUUAGAGGACAACAGGAGGCCGGGCAGCCACCCAUCGUCCCACCGCAGCAGCAGUGUGUCCAGCUCCCCAGCCCGCACAGAAAGCUCUUCAGACAGGAUACCGGCACACCACAACGGCCUGUCCAUGAACCAGGCCCUGCUUGGCCUGUCCCCCAGCAUCCUGCCCGGGCCCAAAGAGGGAGACCUGGCCCACGACAUGAGCCACGAAGCAAAGAGGAUGCACGCCGACAAAGAGGAUAACCCAAUGUGCACACCAACGGCUAGAGACAGCUAUGAGAGGUUGUCAUUGGCUGGGCAGGCUCUGCCUCCUGGCUUCCCCUCGCCCUUCCUCUUCCCAGAUGGCCUGUCGUCAAUAGAGACUCUCCUCACCAACAUACAGGGCCUGCUGAAAGUGGCGAUUGACAACGCGCGGGCUCAGGAGAAACAGGUGCAGCUGGAGAAGACGGAGCUGAAGAUGGAGCUGUUCAGAGAGAGAGAGCUCAGGGAGACUCUGGAGAAGCAGCUCGCUGUGGAGCAGAAGAACAGAGCAAUCAUCCAGAAGCGUCUGAAGAAGGAGAAGAAGGCCAAGAGGAAACUCCAGGAGGCUCUGGAGUACGAAUCCAAGAGGAGAGAGCAGGCUGAACAGACGCUCAAGCAGCCGUCUCCCUCUGACAGCAUGCGUUCGCUCAACGACUCUCUGACCCCUGAGAUGGAGAGUGACCGCAGCAGUGGAAGAACAGAUGCUGAAAGGACAAUACAAGAUGGAAGACUGUUCCUGAAAACCACAGUGAUGUACUGAUAAGGCCACGAGGAGAGCUGGAGGAAAUAAAAAAAAAAUAAUAAAUAAUUAAAUAAAUAAAAAUACCCAUGAAGAUUCUCAAGAGCCCUUAACCAGGCCGAUUUAGUAGUGGAGAGAAGUCAAGCUGCUUGUAGGAGUUCAGUGGAAGUGCUGUGUUCAGCCAAACACUGGAGUCAGGUUGUGUCUGAAUGUAGAAUAAGAAGUCUUUUUCUCACAGAGGCCAACAGUAAAUAGUUUGAUAAAGAGGCAAGUCUUGACAUAAUGGGUUGGCUAAACUGAAGGAUAAAAAAAAUAUAUAUAUUGAGCACAGUAAAACGUACCAAUGGUACACUGUUGGUAAUAACUCGUAAAUUCACAGCACUGAAGAUUUUUAUACUGUAUCUCAACCAGCGAGAAAGCUUUGAAAACAAUUCGACUCUCAAGUUUUGUUUUGUAUUUCAAAUUGCGACGAUGAAAAAACAAUGACACCUGGACAUGAACCUUGUGGAAAAAAAUGUGAAUUUAUCCAUGUGUUGAUCAAAAGACAAGACUGAUGUUUGAUUUUAAUGUUUUCUAAAUUAGAUGACAAUACAAUCAAGUUUCCUUUUUGCCAUUGUUGUAUAUACAAGAUCUGAUGAUAAUGAUAGGAAAACUCACUCUAUCAAAAACGGAGUGGAUUGGUAAGGUAUGUGUAUAUAAAGUUAAGAGGUAUUGUGUAUGCAGUAGAGCUAUUAGGCAAAACAAUACCACCAUUUAUAUAAACUUACAGUUUUGUUUUGUUCUAUUUCUGAGCCAUCAUUCUUUCAAAUAGCUGCCAUUUUGGUGAGAAAGCAUGCAGGCAUGUAAAUGUUUGUCCUGGAAUUAUGAUAUUUAAUAAAUCCUAUAUUGUGCUGAAGAAAUACUAGGGUUGACUCACUCAAGCCCAAAUGAUUUUGAAAACAUAAUUAUCAAACAUUUCACUUUCAAAUGACGACUUUUUGCUGUUAAUAGUACUGUAAUCUUUGUAACAGAGGUAAUAUUCCUUUGAUUUUACUGUACAUUUUGUUUGUCAUGAGACACGCUCCAAAUCAACGCCUCUCAAGGCUUUUUUUCUAAAAAAAAAAACAAAAAAAAAAACAAAUCCAGUCUAUUAAUUAUCACGUGUCAGCUUGAGAAACCGAAACAA